AUGGCGAACACAACCAACAGCACGAUCCCCAACCUCGCAACCGCGAAAGCCACCCUCACCAACCUCACCGACCAAGUCAUCGCCGCCAUCCUCAACCACGAAGGCCUCCGCCACGACGUCAACGAAGUCGCCGAAUCGCUCCGCUGGGUCGGCGUGUCCGCCAUGGUGGUCGUGCUCGGCCGCGUGCUCAUCGAUCUGGCGCCCUACAUCGCGCCCGUCGCUUUUGCAGCUUUUGCUCUCAUCCAACUGGGCAAGAACAUCUGCGCCCUCCUCCCAUCCGUCAAGGUACUGGGGAUCUUUCGGUAUGCCUGGAUCGUGGUCAUCGUCCUCGCCGUUUACGCCGUUUACACCGUCUACGCCAUGGGGUAUAGCUGGAUCCUGGUCCUUAUUCUCGUCAUUUACACCUUUCUCUGCGCGUGGGGAAGUGUCGUUAAAUUAAUCUAG